CACUGGCAUUCGUUCACGAUUCGCUAGUUCGCUAACCCAUACGACAGUUAUGGGACCUCCGCCUCAUUCACUGGCCCACCCUCUCUGUGCCUCCCAGAAUCAGUUCGUGGUCCCCAAAUGCGCCUCUGAGCCCGAAUCGUCCCCUCCAGGCGGGUGCUCGGUCCUCCAUCCCUCCACUCUGGGCGACAGCUCUUUCUCUCCUAGGCGCGGUCCGCAGUGAGCCCCGCCCCCGGACCCUCGCCAGCCUCGCCCCCGCCCGGUCGGCGAGCCCACCUCCCCCAGCCCGCGACUGCGCUCUAGGCCCCGCGCGCCCCGCCUCCACCCGCGACCUGCACCGAGGCAGCACCGCGGAGCGCCAGCUCCCCGCGCCGCUCCCCACCGGGCCCAAGGCAGCGAGAGGCGGAGUCCUUGAGCCUGGGCUGUGGGCUCCAGGUGGGCUCUGGGGAGAGGAUGAAGCAGGCCUUGGUGGACGAUACUGAGGACGUGUCCCUGGACUUUGGCAACGAAGAGGAGCUGGCCUUUCGGAAAGCCAAGAUUAGGCACCCGUUGGCCACCUUUUUCCAUCUGUUUUUCCGAGUGAGCGCCAUCGUCACCUAUGUGUGCUGUGACUGGUUCAGCAGAAGCUUUGUGGGCUGCUUUGUCACCGUGCUUCUCCUCCUGUCCUUUGACUUCUGGUCUGUGAAGAACGUGACCGGGAGAUUGCUGGUGGGCCUCCGCUGGUGGAACCACAUAGACGAAGACGGGAAGGGCCGCUGGAUUUUUGAGGCCAGAAAGGCGUCCCCGCAGCGCAGCGCGGCCACAGAAGCGGAGGCGCGCAUCUUCUGGCUUGGCCUCGUCAUCUGCCCGCUGAUUUGGACCGUGUUCUUCUUCAGCACCUUGUUCUCCUUGAAGCUCGAGUGGCUGGCCCUUGUGAUAGCUGGGAUUUCUCUCCAAGCUGCUAACCUCUAUGGCUACAUCCUUUGUAAGAUGGGAGGUGAGAGGGACAUCGGCAAAAUCACAGCCAGUUUUCUGUCCCAGAUGGUGUUCCAGACGGCCAGCCCAAGGGACUUCGAGAAGCCUGGCCUCAAGGCGCUGGAGAUUCACAAGCAUUAGGAGCUGAUGAGGUGCUCUUCUUUUGGCUGAUGGAGACCACAGAACUCCUGGAUUUCUGGAACACGAGACACAGAAGCAGUGAUGAUGAGGCAGUGUCUCCAGCAGCCGUGCCUGUGCUGGUGAGGGCUGAACCCCCAGACGGCCUAACUCCCAAAACAGCCCUGUUCUGCUGCUGCCC